GGUAGCGUCGGUCGGCAGUGUUGCAGGUGCAGUGAGGAUGGCGGGGUCGCCAGCCGGCCUGUCGGCGCUGCUGCUGCUGCUGCUGGCGGUCCGCCCGGGCCGACCAGCUGCUCUGUAUCCAGCCAAUCUGCAGCUGCAGCUGCCGCAGCUCUACAGCCAGCUGGAUGGAGUGCUGGACUCGAUGAUGGAGGUGCCCGAUGUGCCGUCGCCGAUGGCCGAGGGCCACUGGCCGCGUCGACCGCUGAACGUUGGCCCCGUCAGCGGAGUCGCCGUCGACACUCUGGACCGACCGGUCAUCUUCCAUCGGGCCAACCACAGCUGGGAGGCGACGUCAUUCAACAAAAGCCAGCACUACCAGGACGCGGCCCGGGGUCCGAUCUUGAGUCACACACUGCUCACACUGAACCCGGGAACGGGCGCAGUGCUGAAGAGUGAGGGCUCCGGCCGGUUCUAUCUGCCGCACGGGCUACACAUCGACGCGGCGGGUAACCGGUGGAUCACUGAUGUGGCUCUCCACCAGGUGUUCAAGCUGCCUCCCGACUCGGACACGCCCAUCCUUACCCUGGGGGUACCGUUCGAGCCGGGCAGCGACGCGGCCCACUUCUGCAAGCCCACCGACGUGGCCGUGGCCGAGGACGGCACCAUCUUCGUCGCCGACGGCUACUGCAACCGCCGCAUCAUGAUAUUUGACCGCGAGGGACGCUUCCUGGGCAGCCUCGGAGAGGAGCAGGGCGUUGACCUCCUGGUGCCCCACUCGCUCUCUCUGGACGGCGGCGUGCUCUGCGUGGCGGACCGGGAGCACGGCCGAGUGGUCUGCUGGAACAUCCGUCAGCGCCUGCUGCAGCCGCAGAUCAUCAAUCUGGCCCUCUACGGCCGCAUCUACGCCGUUUCGGUCACAGGAGACGUGCUGUUGGCGGUGUUCAAGAGUCUGUCGGGCGGCGGAGUGCUGACCAUUGACCUGGUCACCGGGCUGGUGCUGGACAGCUGGGUGGCCGCUCAGGGUCUGAACGAGCCCCACGAUCUGGCCGUGACCUCCGACGGACGCACCACCUAUGUCGGUGAGCUGGUGCCCGCCCGCGUCUCAAAGUUCGUGCUGCAGCCGGAUUUCUAUGAGCGUCCUUAGCGCCGUCUAGCGGGAGCUUAAUAAGCCAAGAGCCCAGCUCCGAGCCAAGAGCCAGGAGGUAGCUGUCGGCGGUGGCUCCGUGCUGCGCGGCGCAGAGCGACACAGAGCUUAUGUAACAGCCCACCUCUAUUGUAUGCGUGUGUGUGCUAUUUUUGUAAUGUGUAACAAUAACGCUUCUUAUCGCUUUAUGGAGGGUGUUGAUAUUGUUGAAGGAGGCGUUUCCUUGGAGGCGAGGUCGAGAACUACCGUAAGACCGCGCUGGGCUGAGGCUGGGAUGGUGGUGAUGGAUUCCAGUGAGCCGCCGUCUGUUCCACGGAGCUUGUUCCAUGUGCCCGCGCCAUGUCACGUAAUCGUUCCCUGUUCUGUGACGAUGUGUGGUAGUGUUAACCGUCUUUGUAGUCAAGGGCUUGUAGUCAAGUGUCACGGUGUAGAUACGUCUUGUUUACUCAAACUGCGGUUUCCUGAUGCAGCAAGCUGAUUAUUUCAAGUCAUUCAAAAUACAGAAUGUAGACUGUUACGUGCGAUUACCUUUGCUAACCGGGUUCUCUUCCGUGAAUAAAUCGAAAGCCAGUCCAGAAAACAACAGAUGGCUGCUUGAGAAACUGCGAAUUUGCAUUACAUGAGUCGGAAUGUCGGCGCCAAUUCGUAGCGAAUAUUCCUGGAUCUUCCGGUGCACUAAACGCCCCUGAAGGUCGGUGUUGUCCGGUAGCCCGCUGGGAAUUCCCUUGUCGAUCUGUUCCAGAGAGAAUUGACCGGCUUCCUCACCGUACCUCCUCUGUCCACGUGUUGAGGUUCGGAACUGUAUUUUUGAAGUCGCGAUCGCAGACUGCAGCAUCGACCUCAAUACAGAUUGUGUAACGGCUGA